UCCUCGUCGUCUCUGGCACAACGACGCAACGCCUGUAUAAGAAAUAUCAUCUUUUCUGCUGCAGUAGGUUUCUAUAAUCCUACCAGUGUCUUGUCUUUCGCUUUCAACCGUGUACUUGAUAAACUCGUGUAAAAUAUGGACUACGCCCAAGUAUUCGCCCAAGCAUUUGCCCUCGCACAGUUUCAAGCACCACCACCGCCGACAUUCUUGCCUGACCUCGCUGUUCGCCUCAUCUGUCCCGAAUGCAAAGACCCCCACCCUCAGAUCGCUGAAGAGUUUAGCUCCGGCGACCUCGUUUGUCGUACUUGUGGAUUGGUACUGGGCGACCGUAUUGUAGAUACCCGGAGUGAAUGGCGUACGUUUGCCAAUGACGAAAGAGAUGAUGAUCCAUCUCGUGUCGGUGCGGCUAGCGAUCCGUUGAUGGAGGGCAUGGAACAGCUGGACACGGCGAUCAGUUUCAGGGAUGGCAGGAACGGACUCUCUCGAGAACUUCGGCGCGCCCAGUCCCGAGGACAAGGCUCGCGGCAAGAGCAAAAUCUUAUGGUGGCAUUCCGCGACAUCUCUAGCUGGUGUGACCAGAUCUCUCUUCCGAAAGUCGUAAGCGAUACUGCCAAGCAAAUUUUCAAGCACGCUGAGCAAGGACAAAUUCUCCGGGGCAAACCUACGGAUGCUAUCAUCGCAGCUUGUAUCUUCAUUGCAUGCAGACAGGCGCAUGUGCCGCGAACGUUCCGAGAGAUGUGUGAUCUCACGCGUGUCUCGAAGAAAGUUCUCGGGCAGUGUUAUAAAUCUCUUGAACACUCUUUCAAUCUCACAGUUGGAGCCUCGGCAACACACCCAUCAUUAGCACCGUCCAUUGGCCCAGAGUCCCUCGUCGGGCGUUAUUGCAACCACCUGGAUCUUCCUCCAAAUUUCCAGGUCAUAUGCUCCGAUAUUAUCAUGGCCGCGCGUGAGUUGGGCAUUGGUCAUGGAAGGAGUCCUGUUUCUAUUGCAGGCGGAGCUAUAUACUUCACUUGUCUUUUGCUUGGGAAGCCAAAGUCCACGAGAGACAUCGGUGCCGUUGCCGGUGUUAGUGAAGGGACAAUUAAGCUCGUCUAUCGCUCAUAUCUUGUGGAGAAGGACAAACUAGUGAAACAGAAGUGGAUUGACGACGGGAAGGCCAACCCGGAUAACCUGAAAGGCGCUGUAUAGACCGUUCAUUUUUUUCAUUUCCUUCGUUUAUGGAUAAGUCGCUCUGCGAUGUAUCUAUGUACUCAUUUUGCAUAACUCACGUAAAAUAUUAAUAUUUAUUGGACAUAUCUU